GAGAAUUGAAAGUAAAGAAUUUUGUGGAGCAAAAAAUAACACAAAAAAAGCAAAUUCUUGGUUUUGUUCAUACAAAAAGAAGAUUUCAUUUGGAUUCUUUGAAAAAAAAUAAUCAAGAAAAGGGUUUCUUGAAAAUUAUUCAGCAAGAAAAGGGUUUCUUGAAAAAUAUUCAAUACAAAAAUUCAAGAUUAGGGUUUCUUGAAAAAUAUUCAAUAGUUUGUGAAAAAAUCAAGAUUAGGGUUUGUUGAAAUGGUUAUAAUUUUCAUGGGGGAGAUUGCUGGAGAAGAGAAGGUUGAUGAUUAUGGAGAGUGGGAAAAAGAACGAUAGUUCUUGAUUUUCAUAAGCAGAAGUAGAAACAAAAAGACUUGUAUAUAUUUUUCUUUUGUUUCUAUAAAUAUAUUUACUUAAAUCAAGAAUCAAGAAUCAAGAAUUCAAGUUCAUUUUGAUCUGCUUCUGCUGAGAAAUUUGGCAAAAUGUCUGCAACAAUACUCACCGAUCCAACAAUGGUGGUGGUGACACCACAAGAAACACAGCUAGCAUCAGCAGAGGUCGAAUUCGCAAAAUGCGAAUGUUGCGAUCUAACCGAAGAAUGCACGCCCGCUUACAUCGAAACGAUACGAGAACGAUACAACGGAAAAUGGAUGUGCGGAUUAUGCGCAGAAGCUGUAAAAGAUGAGAUCGUUCGAUCGACGGAUCGGCUCAUAAGUACUGAAGAGGCUAUGGCGAGACACAUGAAUUUUUGCAAGAAAUUUGUUUCUUCUGGUCCGCCACCUGAUUCGACUGUUCAUUUGAUCUCUGCAAUGAGACAGAUUUUAAGGAGGAGUUUGGAUUCGCCGAGAGGGUUACGUUUACGAUCAACUCCGACCAGUCCGGCUACUAUCCGAGGUGUCGGUGUCGGGCUUACGAGGUCCGAAAGUUGCUUUCCGACUCUGUCUGGUUGAUCGAUGGAAAUUAGAUCAAUAAAACUUGAAAUAAAAUCAUUAGAAAAAUACAGAAACUAUGUUCAAUUUUUCCUGAAACUUAAAGUUUCAGUUGUAAUCUGUAUAAUUUUCUGUUUCUUUUGCAAUUUACCUUUUGCUUAGAAAAUUAAAUGAAAAGUUAUAUAGUUAUUUCGGUCUUUCAAAA